UUUGUCAGGAUACUACCUUCUCCACUGCCCAACCUCUUGACUAACCCUUCAUCCGGUGUAAUUGGCAAAGAAUUGGGAACGGUCGGGAAGAAUACGAAGAGAAAAAAGAAGAAGAAGAAUAAGAAGGGAAAGAAAAUGAAGGAACUAAAGCCUGCCGCCACCCUUUCUACGGGAUCAGACCAGCCGAACCCAGACGAAAUCGGUAAGACCACUUUCGCAGCGGACUCGUGGUUGCCACGCCCCCUCGUCGCCAGUCGCGAUCCAAUCGGCGAGGAGGGCACCUUCAUCGCCUCCUGUCCACACGUGAUGCAUGUUGCCUGCAAGGAGAAGGCCCGUUCAUCUAGCAUGCCAGGUGCUACGUUUAAGUGUCCCGUCUGUCAUGCCCUCUCAAACGUCGAUCUUCCCCUCUUCGGCCACGUCACAGAUGGUCUCAGUCCAGUCUGGUUGUCUCACCAGUUGGGAGUCGGUCAGAGCAGCUACGAUCUGACGGCCUGGUUGAGGCGACUUCAGGAUUGGCUGGAUGAUCGAUCGCGGUUGGCGCCUUCUGGCAGUGGAACUGAUCGGCAGUCUAAGGAUUUGCCAAACUCGCUAAAAGAACUCUUCAAUCUUGUUGAUCUGGUCAAGUCAAGCAAAGGUGGGCAGCUGUGCGCAAAGAGUGGUGCCGGCGAACCAGUGAACCUAUACAUUGGGCGACUCUCUCAACUGCAGACCUGCCUCUUUGAGGUCUUCCGGACCUGCAACCAAGCCCGCAUAAGGCCCCAGAUGCAGAGAUCAAAUCAGAUCACCUCCUCACUAUGGUGUCUUGUUCAUUGUCUAGCUGUGUAUCCAUAUCGGAUCUUGAAUUAUGUAUGGAACAACUUAAUACGCAGUAUACACAACUGUUUCGACCAAGUUUGCGUCUUUCUUCUUGAAAUCAUCCCCCCUGACCGACUCCCCCAACUACGGGCCUGCCUCACUGAGGUCAGACGAGCUAUCACAGGGCACGAGACGCUGAAUAUACUGCCUGCUGAGGUACAACCGGAACAAAGAUCGAUAAAGAUGGCCUCCUCACUACGAUAUUUUGUCGAACGUCUGGCUGCGCUUAGUCAAGCCUACCACCCGAAGCCACCAACGCCAUACUCAUUUUUAAAUAGUAAGUUUGCCGUUUUCUUCUGUGUUGCACUUCUGCCAAUUAAACCGCGAUUAUUGGAUCAGUCAUGGUUGAUCAACCAACCAUACAUAGGCCUGGAAAUCAUUUCAUCUAAUUUACUAUUCUGA